AAAUAGCUUAGGCUAAGUGAAACUGAGGACUUGAUUUGACAUUUUAAACAGCAGAAGGUUUCAUUAAUGCCCUUUUAAAUGUGUGAACAUUUAUAAGAAACCUGCAGGCGUUUGUACUCUUAUUUCGCACAUAGAAAAAGUAUGACCUGUUCAGCAUUAAAAACGAUCAGGACUAUAACUGUGAUGUUCGAACGUGUUUCAAAACGAAACGUAAGAAAAUUCGGAAGAAUUACUUGUAUUAUGACUUGACUAUUUUGAAAAUGUUAUACGCUAUUAGAUAUUUAGUAGACCUAUUUACCAAAAAAAACACAAAAAAAAAACCCGGUUGAUGCAUUAUGCCAAAGGGUUGUUUUAAAAUGUUCAGUAAGACAUUACAAAUAAUAAUAUAUGUAAAAUCAUCCAUGGCCAUCAGCAGCAGCCAGCAGGUGCUUAAUGAAGUAAGAAAGGACUUAAAGUCAUCCCAUGUCAUCUUGGAAGGAAUGCUGCGCGCGAUUUUCGUCUUUCAAAGUUGACUGACUGUUUUACGUCCCUGUGCGUCACAGCCACGCCCAUACAACACACUAUUACACCUAACUCAUAUUCUCAUGCGGUUUGUUAGACUGUAGUCCUGGGGGAGAAGGAACUUUGUUGUCAGCGGUUCUCUCGCAUCCCUGUGGACUGAGAGGCAGCGCGGGAGUCAUGAAGGAGGUCAGGGCUGCUCUGGGGUCAGCUCAUCCCUGGCUCCACUCACAGGCUCAGAGCAGAAGUGUUGUUCUUGCCCGGGCGCACUUUGAGAAACAGCCGCCUGCCAACCUGCGCAAGUCGAACUUCUUUCACUUUGUGUUGGCUUUAUAUGAUAGUCAGGGUCAGUCUGUGGAGAUAGAGCACACUGCGUUUGUGGGCUUUGUUGAAAAGGAGAAGGAGCCAAUAAGUGAAAAAACUAACAAUGGAAUCCAUUACAAACUCCAGUUACUGUACAACAAUGGUGUCAGAACACAGCAAGAUCUUUACAUCCGUUUGAUAGACUCUGUGACCAAACAGGCAAUUGUGUUUGAAGGUCAAGAUAAAAACCCUGAAAUGUGUCGCGUUCUUCUCACUCAUGAGAUAAUGUGCAGCCGAUGUUGUGAUAAGAAAAGUUGUGGAAACAGGAACGAAACACCAUCAGACCCCAUCAUUAUUGACCGGUUCUUCCUGAAGUUUUUUCUCAAAUGUAAUCAAAAUUGCCUAAAAAAUGCAGGGAACCCACGAGACACGCGUCGUUUCCAGGUGCUGGUCUCUACCACAGCAUCUGUUAAGGCCCACAUUCUAGCCAUUUCAGAUAAUAUAUUUGUCCAUAACAAUUCAAAGCAUGGCAGAAGACCAAGAAGAUUUGAGCUGAUUGAAGCUGAGAUCCCCUGCAUCAAGGCCAUCAGUCCGAGUGAAGGUUGGACAUCAGGUGGAGCCUCAGUGAUCAUUAUUGGAGAUCAGUUCUUUGAAGGUCUACAGGUGGUUUUCGGAACAGUUAUGGUCUGGAGUGAGGUGAUUACACCACAUGCGAUUCGUGUGCAGACUCCACCUCGUCACAUCCCUGGUGUUGUAGAAGUUACACUGUCCUACAAGUCCAAGCUGUUCUGCAGGGGAUCUCCAGGACGCUUUAUUUACACUGCUUUAAAUGGGCCAACCAUUGACUACGGGUUUCAGCGGCUGCAGAAGGUGAUUCCUCACCAUCCAGGCGAUAUGGAAAGAAUACCAAAAGAAGUCUUACUGAAGAGAGCAGCUGAUCUCUUAGAGAUGUUUCAUGGAAUGCCUCACAACAACCAGGAGAUGAUUCUGAAGCAUGCGUCUGAUAUAGCACUCCACGCCAUCCCAAGAAAACCAUCCAACACAAAUUCACAUGGAAUGAUGGGUGUAAACUCCUUUGAUGCACAGUUACCCUUGAACACAGAAAUUUCACCGGAUAUAAAACGAGCAUCUCUUUCAGUGGGUUUCAGUCGGAGUUCAAACAGUGGCUUCAUUGCAGGCAGCACAUCCCAGCAGGCUGAAUUCAGCAAUACUAAUACAUGCAUGAAUACACACACACAUUCACAUUCUCACGCCAACGUGCCAAGACACACACACUCAAACACACAUCCAUCCAUGGCUGGGCACACGCAAACACACACACGCCCUUCUGUGGCAAACUUCUCUGUGGCCACACAGCCAUUCUUAGACAGUCCUACAGCAGAUACACAACACUACAUUGUGAAGCAAAAAAGUGCAUUUGCUCCAGUUCUGAAGCUGCAGUCCUCAACAGCAUAAGCUUCAGGUGUCCCCUUCUGCACGCCUUGCAUGGACUAGUGACACCAGUCACACUCUCACAUGGACAAAUGAAAAACUCUUUUAGAAGUUGUAAUCGUUGUAGUCAAGGAGGGACAACGUCUGUUUUGCAUUUUGAAGGUUCUCUCAUUGCAGGCAAUACAAAAACAUGGUUGGGGAUAAAGCAACUUUUUUAUA